AUGUCCGGAGGCCCAGCUGGCGGCAUGGGAGGGGGAGGGACGAGCAGGGACGGCGCGCAGAUGCACCCCGACAUGGCGUUCGAAUGGGGCUACUCGCCUCGAGAAAGAUCCCUCCUCUCUCCUUUCCUCAGUGCGUUCUGUUCUGUUUUCAUUCCAUUCCCCCCUUCCCCCCCGAUCUUCAGCCUUGCACUAGCUGUCACGCAUUACUUUCUUGGCUUUCCAACUUAUAGUCUCGGUCGUUCUGCUCCGUUCUCCCCACCCCCCUCCGCCCCCCACACCUCCUCCCCAACCCCCACUCUCCUCUCCCCGCCCCGCACGCGGCGACAUGCAGCCGUGCACUCACCAUCACGCUUCAGCCGCGACGAGGAGGCGAACCCUAAUCGGACAAAGAGCAACCUCAGCCAGCAGCGCACGCUCAGUCUCAGCGCCGCGCGCCUCAGUCAAGCCGCAGCGGACCUCGGAUUCCACGUCACCCCUCCCCCGUACCCCUCCGCUUCCGCCAAUGCGCCACCCGCGGCGCAAGCAGGAGCGUUCCCGGGCUUUUCUCCCGCCGCUGUUGCGGCGGCUGCUGCUGCGCUAGCAGCAGGCGGGGAUGCUGGCGCGGGGGGAGGUCUAGGGGGAGGUAUACCUGGGGGAGGAAUAUCUGGGGGAGGUCUCGUUCUGGGGGGGUCGGGACUGACAGGGUGGUCAGGAGGGGUAGCAGGUGCUGGUGGCGUGGGUAACUUACAAUCGCUUACAGUGGAUCCGUCUAAAGCGGGGAUAUCCGCUCGUGGAGCAGGGGGGCACGGCGUGCCUCCGCUGCCCCUGCCGUCCCCGAAAGGAAACGCCGCCGCUGCUGCUGCCGUCGCCAACGCUGCCGCGGGCAAGCUGGGCAGCCCGAGAGGAAACUUUUCCGGGUCGCGGGCAGCCGCGCUGGGGCAUUUGCCGAGAGCCGGUCUGCCCGCGAGCAUUCAGCAGCAGCUGAUGUUGGGGGCUAUGGGGGGAGGGGCAGGUGCAGCGGGAUUCGCAGGGCUGGGGGGAAUGCAGGGCGGCUUUGCUGGCGGUGGGGGCGGCAUGGGGGCAUUGGGGAACGUAGGGGGAGCGGGGAUGGCGGGAAUGGGCGGAAUGGCGGGAAUGGGGGGGAUGGCUGGUCUCGCUGCGCUGAAUAGCAGCAGUGACGGCAGCGGCAGUGGCGGCGGCAGUGGGAGCGGAAUACCCGGUAUGAACCUGCAGACACAGUUGAGCCUGCUAGCCGCCCAGCUAGACGGCCGUUUAGACGACAACAACCCCCUCUCGCGGACCAGCAGCGCGCCGCCACUUGGCGCGCUUCUCGCCAGCAUCGGUGACGUGGCAGAGCUGGAGCGGCUGUACCGAUUGCUCCCCGAUGCCAUGUCACCAGACGUCUCCCCGCACGUGGGGCUCAGUCUGCCGUACCAGAGCGCCAUAGCCGCGGCGUCAGGCUCGGCAACAAGCUCGGCAGUAGGCUCGGUGGCGACGAGUCCGGACCGGGAGCUGCACAUGCAUCGGCUGCUAGGGAGCAUGGGGAGCGGUAGUAUGGGUAGCAUGGGGAGUGGGAGCAUGGGCAGUGGCGGCAGCAUGGCAGGGUAUUUAUCGUCAACAGUACCAUCAAUGGCGGCUUUAGUAAGGGAGCGGACGAAGCUCUCCCGCACUAGCAGCUGCCCCCCCCCUGUGGCGGAGGACAUGAGCGGGGGCGCGGGGGGAAGCGGAAUGGAGGGGCGCGGGGGCGAGGGGGAGUCGUCUGAGUCGGAGGGGGAGAGCGGGCAGCAUGGGCCGGGCGCGGGGCACAAGAGGAAGAAGCGCCGGGCGCCGGGGGGACUGGGGGCGGGUGCUGACGUGGCUGGAAGGAGCGGCGGAGGCGGCAAGGUACUGGUGGCGCGUUUCAUGAUUCACUUCAAUCAAUACCAUGUGCCUGCCUCUGCUCGUGCCUGCUGCAUCUUGUUGCCUGUCCUUCCAGCUCACCCCUCCGCAUCACCUUCUCCCCCCCUCUUCCAGUUCCUUUUCCCGCAGCUCUUUUUUUCCCCCUUAUCUCCCACGCGCCCCACCACUCACUGCCUCCCCCCUCCCUCUCAUAGGGAACCAGACGACGCGCUGGACGGUGGGGCGCGCCUGGGGGGCCGCGGAGGGGGCGGGGGAGGGGGCGGGGGAGGGGGCGGGAGCGCGGGAAGCGGGGGGAGGGGAAGCGCGGGGGCGUGGGGGGGGAGCCCGGGGGGCGGGUACAGCAUGCAGGGCGGGGGGAUGGAGGUGGGCGUGCAGGCGGGGGCGAUGGACACAUCAAGCCAGGACUACAUUCACGUGCGGGCAAGGCGAGGCCAGGCCACUGACAGCCACAGCCUUGCGGAAAGGGUGCGGCGGGAGAAGAUCAGCGAUCGAAUGAAAGUGCUCCAGAGCCUCGUUCCCACCUGCACCAAGGCGACGGGCAAGGCAGUGAUGCUGGACGAAAUCAUCAACUAUGUGCGCUCGCUGCAGCUGCAGGUCGAGCCAACCUCACCCCUCGUUUCUACCAACCGCCUCCGGUUUGUUUCUGCCUCCUUCCUCCCUUUUCUGUUCUCCCAACCCACCACCUUCCCCGUCACCCCCCAGCUUCUAUCGGCCAAGCUAGCAGCAAUAGAGCAGGACACAGCAGAGAUGGACGGCUCAGAUUCACCCGCCGACUUUUGUGCGGCUCAGAUGGCAGCACUGGGAGGGCUGCUAGUCCCCUGCGCCCCUGCUACUGCCUCUGCUGGUACUGGAGCAGGGGCAGGAGCGACAGGUGGUGGUGGAAAUGCUGGUGCUGCGGGUGGCGGUGCCGCUGCUGGUGGUGCUUCUGCUGGCGCUGGUGGUUCCGGUGGCUCUGCUGGUGCUGCUGCUACUGGUGGUGCUGCUGCGGCUGCCCUUGGCGGGGGAUCGUUCCGGCAGCCAUCUCCGUCGUGCUCUCAGUCUCACGACUGGUCAACCACUGAUCCCCUACAUGUUCCCGCCUCCGUUCCCCCCACCCGCUUCUUCAACCCUCCUCCGCUGCCUCCCCAUCCCUGCACUUCCCCUUCCCUCGCCGCCUCUCUGCGUUCUUUCCCUCUCCAUCUUCCCCUCCUCCCCGCCCUGUCUCCCAGUCGGCCCAUCACAGCACAGCGUCCCCCAUGGCUACGCCAUCACCAUCAGUGCCAGCAUCAGCAGCACUGGGAGCAGAGUAUUGAGCUGACUCAACAAUCCCCUCCCGCUCUCCCCUCUUGCUUCCUCUGUCUCCCAGUCCGCCCAUCACAGCACAGUAUCCCCCAUUGCCACGCCACCACCAGCAGCACCACUGGGAGCAGCGGCCGCCCUGCACCCGGACAUGGCCUCCCUCCCCACCGACCUCGCCCGCCUCCUCCUCUCCCGCUAUUUGCGGCACCCCCCUUUUUGAGGCUGACACUGCCUCUCCCUGCGCAACACCAUCAACCUCAGCAGCAGCAUCACUGGGAGCAGCACCGCUGGGAGCAGCGGCCGCCCUGCACCCGGACAUGGCCUCCCUCCCCACUGACCUCGCCCGCCUCCUCCUCUCCCGCUAUUUGCCGCACCCGCCUUUUUGACACUGCCUCUCCCUGCGCAACACCAUCAACCUCAGCAGCAGCAUCGCUGGGAGCAGCAUCCGCCCUGCACCCGGACAUGGCAUCCCUCCCCACUGACCUCGCCCGCCUCCUCCUCUCCCGCCACCUGCCCAACUCCCCCUUUGGCGGAACCGCUGGGGGCGCUGGAGGGGGUGCUGGGGGAGGGGUAGGCGGGGGGGAGAUGGGGGGAGGCGGAGGGGGGAUGGGGGGAGGCGCGGGGGAGGUUGGGGGAGGCGGGGUGGAGGGGCUGGGGGAGCUGACGAUGGAGCAGCUGCAGGCUCAGUUGGAUGCCAUGAAUGCGGUUGGGUUGUGCAGUGGGGUGGGGAAUGGAUGGUUUCAUGGCAUGGGUUGGGAGGGGCUGGGGGAGCUGACGAUGGAGCAGCUGCAGGCGCAGCUGGAUGCCAUGAAUGCGUGUGAGGUGGGGCGUGUGGGGUGGGGCGUGGAAUGUGAGGUGAGAAUUCAUGCGUUGAGAAUUGAAAUACGGUAUGAGCCGAAUGUCACGGAUCUCCAUUCAAACGUGUCCCCUAUCCUCUCCUGCUCUUUCCCCUCCCCUCUCCCCCCAUGCUCCUCCCACCUCCCCCAAUGCUCCUCCCACCUCCCCCAAUGCUCCUCCCACCUAUCCGCUGGCAGUGGGAUGGUGGGCUUGAGAGCAGAGUGGCAGCAGCAGCAGCAAUGUGACUCUGCUCUCAAGCAGCAGCAGCAAUGUGACUUUUCAGUCGACUCAAAAGCCCCCCCCGUGACCCCCCGUGCUCCUCCUACUGUGCAGUGGGAUGGUGGGCUUGAGAGCAUAGUGGCAGCAGCGGCAGCCAUGCCGCCUUCCCAGCAGGCCCAGUCAGUCUCAGGCACCAGUCACUCCGCCAAUAACCGUCCUGCGUCAGGUACGCCGUGCUAUGCUGCUGUCCGUAUCAGGUGCAUCAGCUAA